GUCCACAAAGUUCGCCUCACCCACACCCGUUCUCUACCAAUAUGACCAUAGUCUCAGAUGAUCCUAUUUGGUGGCCGACAAUCAAUGCAAGUCGUUUUUUCAGCUAUUUUAUAGUUGCCGCCUUUGUUGGGGUGACAUAUGAUUGGGCACUUACAUUCGGACAAGAGGUCGAAUUGUUCUGGAAGCAACGCUGGUCGCUUAUGACGGUUCUGUAUCUUGGUGUGCGCUACCUUGGCAUAUGUUUUGUUGCCCUGGACAUGUUGAGUAAUGUCGUGACCGUCUCGCUGACCGAUAUGGUGAGCUGGAUUAUGCAUAUCAUACAGAGUUGGAUGACUUCUUUAGCAUUUGCGAUGCUGUGGGUCAUCAUGAUCACUCGGUUAUAUGCCAUGUAUCAACGAUCCAGAAAAAUCCUGAUAUUUCUUAUUGUCUCGUGCCUGGGUGUCAACAUUUUCGAUGGAAUGGUCGUCGUACUGUCAACGAUGAAUGGUUCAGGAGAAGAACUCAUUUUCUCCGGCACUUAUCAAUGCUCAAUUCAAGUUGCAUCUACGGGAGAUCUCACACGUUUGAAUUCCGUUAAUUGGAUACUAAGAACUGUGUGGGAGGUCCUCACACUGUGUCUCGCAAUCUGGAUUACAGUAAAACAGUUCCGUGAACUGCGACAACAGUUGCCACUGGCAGGAGGGAUUAUUGGGGACUGUUUCAUGGUGUUGAUGAAAACUCACGUGCUUUACUUUGCGAGUUUUGUAACUGUCUCCUGCCUCACGCUCAUUUCUGAUUUUUCGCCAACACCGGUAUGUCAAUCGUUCACUGAUCUCUGCAUAUGCCUAUGUUUCAUCAUUUCUAUAGGACAUGAAUUCCCUAGAAACUCAGACUUUUGAUGGAUCGCUUCGGAUUUUGAUGUUCGUGCAGAUGUUCGUACUAGGACCACGUCUGAUCCUUGACAUUCGAGAAUAUAACGCGAGGCUCGUAGUUGACUCCGACGCAGCAACCACCAUGACCUCGAUCGCUUUCCAGGAGCGUAUGCAUAUAUCGAUAUGUGAUCCUCAUUGAAGUUAACG